AUGGAUGGUUGGAAUGAAUAUUUUGAAUACAAUACACAAGAUGAUGAUGAUUUUGAAGAUGUUUUUUUUGUGGCAGCACUAGUUGGUGAGUAUGCGGUUAAUAAUUUAUGUAAAGAGCCAUGUAGAACUAGUCAACUCACAGGUCAUGCAUGGGUUCAAGAAAUAUUACAAGGGAAUCUCACGCGUUGUUAUGAGAUGUUUCGAAUGGAAAAAUAUGUUUUUCAUAAAUUUUGCACUAAAUUAAUGGAAUGUGGAUUAACUUCUUCUAGUCGUAUGGGGGUUGAAGAAAUGGUUGGAAUGUUUUUAGUUGUUGUAGGCCAUGGAGUAGGUAAUAGAAUGAUUCAAGAAAGAUUCCAACAUUCAGGUGAGACUGUAAGUAGAUAUUUUCAUCGGGUACUUCAUGUUUGUCUUAAGUUGUCUUUCAAAUAUGUUAAACCUGAAGAUCCUAUGUUUCUUGAAUGUCAUGCCAAAAUAAAAAAUGAUCAACGUUAUUGGCCAUUUUUUAAGAAUGCUAUAGGAGCAAUUGAUGGUACACAUGUGUCAUGUGUAGUGAGUGCAACUGGUUGGGAAGGCACUGCUCAUGAUGCUCGUGUUUUUGAUCAGACUCUUACAAAUAAGAACCUAAAUUUUCCACAUCCACCUUCAGAUUCUGGCUAUCCAACACCAAUAGGAUAUAUUGGUCCCUAUAGAUGUGAACGUUACCACCUUCUAGAUUUUAGGCGUUCAAGUGGAUUUGAAAAUCAUAACGAAGUAUUUAAUUAUUACCACUCAAGUUUAAGGUGCACAAUAGAAAGAACUUUUGGAGUAUGGAAGAAUAGAUUUGUCAUCUUGUGUCGCAUGCCUAAAUUUAAAUAUGAAAUACAAGUUCAAAUUGUUGUUGCAAAAAUGACAAUACACAAUUUUAUCAAAAGAAAUGCUCAAAUGGAUAUUGAUUUUAAUAUUUAUGAAGAUGAAAAUACGGUCAUUCACCAUGAUGAUUAUCAUAGAUCAACUAACUUGGAUCCAUCGCAGAGUUUCAGUGUAGCUUCUUCAUCGGAGAUGGAUCAUGCUCGGGAUUCAAUUCGUGAUCAAAUUAUAGAGUAUAAGCUAAAUAGUUAG